UCGAUUGGGGCUCGCUCGGCGGUCGGCUCAGUAACGUUUUGGUGCUCGCGAGAAUCGUUUCGUCUGGUGGUGAUUGCUUGCAAGCGUAUUUGCCGUGUCGCAUUUUUUCGGGGUCUGCGUGCCCUUCCUCUCUAUAUCUUCCAGUUUUUUGGUGCGUGGAAGCCCUAAAUCCGGAUUUUUUUUGUUACAAGAGGGCGGUUCGAAUUGGACUGUUUUUCAGUGCUUUUUGAGAUAACAGGUUGCUCAUCGUAGUUGGUUUAGUGCAGUGAAAGAUUCUCGAUUUUAUGCGAUCGUUUAUACAAGUGGUUCUGGAUUUUCGGUGAAAGAUUGCAGUGUUAAUUGGCUGAUUAGAGGUGGUGAAAAUCCGGCGAGAACAAGGAAAAACAAGAACUUUUUAAACACGUGCUGACAGUCUUUGGAAGUCUUCGUUUCUUAUUCAGCGAAACCGCUCGGAAAGUAGCGGAAAAGUUUGCCCAACGCUCCGAAUACAAAUUGCACCUGUCCAUAGUGUACCCAUUAGUGUGAAUGUGUGUAACCUGAGAAAAAGAAGAAAAGUAUACUAAAAGUAUCAAAUUCUCUUGCCUUUGGAUAACAAAAAAAAAUAGUCACCGCCUAAGUGGUUCCCUCCGGUAGUGAGUGCGGCGUGCCGAAUAGAAAAAGAAAAUAGUUUCCCCAUGUGAGAAGGUGGGAAGGUAGCGGAGGUGAAAGUAACACGACGACGUUCAACCAAAGCAACGUGAGCUAAAUUUUUCAGCUUUUAGGUGAAAAGUGUGAACACAGAAAAUUGGAAAAGUUUUAAUUAAAACCCACGACCUACGUACGGUUUGGGAGCAGGAAAAAGGCGAACCCAGCCAAGCCCAGCAGUGCGGGAUAGGUUUUCACUCUAUUUGGGAGGUUUUCGUUUUUCUAACACGUGGUUUGUGUUUUUGGCGCUUCGGUGUUUGCUCGAGUGAGUGAAAUACGGGCAUCGACAUCUGGCAUUGAUUGGACUUACAUCAUCAGGCAGGAAACGAAGCCGAUUGUGUCGGUCUUACGAGGAUUGAUCAGAUUGUCACAUUGAUUGAAAGACACACGCGGACGGAGGAGUCCAGCAGACCAGAAAAGGGGAGGGACACACCGCGGUCCUCCGACGAAUAGCUGUAAAAACCGGACCUUGACCGACGACGACGGCCGCGAAUCGAAGGCGGCGGAAUGCAGUGCGGCGUUGAAACCAUGAAUGACUGCGAACGAUCGCCGGGUCGCACCGGCCUGCGGGUCAACUUCACCGAGAAGGGCGAGGUGAAGGAGCGCCGGGAGAAAUUCCUCACCGCCAAGUAUGGGUCACACCAGAUGAGCCUGAUCCGGAAGCGGCUGGCCGUGGAGAUGUGGCUGUACGACGAACUGCAGAAGCUGUUCGAUCCCCCGACGGAAGCGAUAGAUGUCGAUAUCGACGAGAUCCUCGACAUGGACACCGAUGACAUCAGAAGAUCUCACCUGUUUAGCUUACUGUCGACGUGCAAACGACCACCACAGGAUAUAUCGAAAUUCAUCAGCGACCUGCUGGACCGGGCGAAGACCCUUUGAGCUGGACUGGUCAUUUCAGUUUAAAUUUAAUUUUAAUUAACAGUAAAAAAUACUUCACAAGUAAGGACACACAUUACACAUGUAAAAGAUAAGAACAUUAAAGAUUAUUCUUAAUGGAAACGUUUGCUAAGCUCUGCAUGACGCAUUGAAGAUUACUAAAGUUGGAAGCGUAAAUAGAAACAGAAACGUGUGCGUGCUUUACACUGAAAAAAAAAUAAAGACAAAACGCAAACGAUUGUGGUAGAUUUAAGCGGCAUCUCUCUAAUAAAAAAAGAAUGGACUUGAAGUAUCAAUUAGAAUGCAUACCGAGAAAAAAGAACAAAAUACAGACUUGGAUUUUUUUGAGCAUCAUCAUCAGAGUCAUCACUGUAGGAAAAAAAAGUAACUUUAACACAUCUAUAAUAUACUUAAGUGAAUGUUUUAGGUUUAGUAUUAUAA